AUGGGCGUCUCGCAUUCGUCCAAGGAGGCGUGGGAACGCGAGAGCAGGACGGACUUCUGGUGGAGGCAGAUGCAGGAGGGGUUCAUGAACAAGAGCGACUUCAACUGGGACCAGAUCAAGCAGCUGCACCAGAGGUUCCGGCUGCUGAGCGGAGACCAGCCCACCAUCCGGCCGGAGAACUUCGACAACGUCCUGGACCUCGAGUCCAACCCGAUCCGCUCCAGGAUCGUCCGCGCCUUCUUUGACAACCGGAACCUGGGCAGGGGGACCGGGGGCAUCGCGGAGGAGAUCAACUUCGAGGACUUCGUGACCAUCAUCUCCUACUUCCGGCCGCUGCGGUCCCGCCGGAACAAGGAGGAGGCGGAGAUGUACCGCAGGGAGAAGUUGCGCUUCCUCUUCAACUCAUACGACCAGGAUGGCGACGGGAUCAUCACGCUGCAGGAGUACCGCCGGGUGGUGGAGGACCUGCUGUCGGCGAACCCGCAGGUGGAGCCCGCCUGGGUGCGCUCCAUCGCCAACUCCAUCGCGCGCGGCGCCUUGAAGGAGGCAGCCAGGGCGUCCAACCAGCCGGCGGAGAAGGGCCAGCCUUACCAGGGCAUCACCUUCGAGGACUUCAUCAAGACCUGGCAGGGCAUCGACUUGGAGGUCAAGAUGCAAGUCAGCUUCCUGAACCUAGAAGCCAAGGCCUUGUGCCAGUGA